UCUGUGUGGACUCAUAAGUGAAAAGGGAACUCCAAAUAGUGGAGAAAUGUGGAGAAAAGCCUAAAAGGGCGAAUUCAUGGCUAAGGUAUGUAAGUCCUUUUAUGUGUAGUAUUUAUGAGGUCUUUGAAAUGUGGAAUCAAUAUGUGAAAGCCUUAUUAUAUGCUUAUAUAUCCUUGCGGAAUCCUUUGAAUAGGAUAACUAGGGACCAUUUUAGAAAAAAAAAAUCGUGUACUAAUAGUAAAUAUUUAUUCUUUCAUGGAGACAUUAUGCCACCAAGACGUGACCCGAAUGCUGUACCAACUAAUGCGGAGUUGGCCCAAACUGUUCACCUGCUUACUCAACUCACUCACACUAUUGCGAAUGCGGUACUUCAAAAUAACCAGCCACGUAAUAACAGCAAUGACAUGGAAACCCGUGUAGCGACGCGAAAUCCACCGAGCUUCCUUGGGCAAGAGGACCCAAUCAUUCUUGAGAAUUGGAUACGCACCUUUGACAAGCUGUUUGAUGCGAUCAAUUGCCCAGCAGAAGAACGAGUUGACAUUGCUGUAUAUUACCUGCAUGAAGAAGCAGACAAAUGGUGGGUUAAUGUGGGACUAGGAUUGCGCGCACAACCGGACUUCACUUGGGAACGGUUCAAGCAAGCACUGCGAAAGAGGUUUUACCCGCCACACGUGCAGGCAGAAAAUUAUGACAAAUUCCUGCAUCUGAAACAAGGAGAAAUGACGGUGCAAGAGUAUCACACUAAAUUUGUCUCACUGGCGGAAUUUGCAUCAUCACUAGUGCCCGAUGAGGAAAGCAAGAUCGAGAAG